AGGCCAGCGCCAGCGCCAGGGCAUUUCGGUUUGGGCCAUUUUGCAUUGCCGUCUCGGCCAGGCCAAGUCAGUCGCUUAGCAGCCGCGAACGCGAGCAAAACACACGGUUCCCAAGUCUCCACCGGGCGACCUUCAUAGAGAAACCACAAAAUUUUAAAAAGUGCUCUAAGUGAAUUGUCAUUUGUCAAUUGACAAAGGGCUAAUACCAAUUUAAUUAAGCCUGAAAUUUAAGCCGUGGCUAAUGCAAUAAACUAAAGAAAUAAUAUAGAAAUUCCCGAAGGCUGUGUGCGUGAGCGUGUGCUCGUGUGUGCGUGUGUGUGUGUGUGUGUGUGUGUGUGUGUGUGUGUGUGCGGGCGUAGCUGCAGCAAGCGCGUGCAACGUUUUCAGCUGCUGCUGUGCAUAAUUAUUUGGGUCAAAGCGAAAAGCUGCAGCCACAAACUUGACUGCACAAAAGUUCAAACAUCCUGCCUGGACUAAUCCACCUGUUAUGAGGCCACGCAGCAGCUUAUGCGACAAGUCAGCCGUUGCAACAACAACAACAACAACCACAACAGCCUAGACUAAUUGGAUUGACAGAAUUCGAGAAAAUGGAGGCCACUCAGCCCAAGGUGCAUCGUCAGCAUCAGCGACAGCGGCGCACCGAGGCGCGUCAGCGGCGCUUGGAACGUGAGGCAGCCGCAGCGGCCGCAACGCCGCCCGAUCUGGAGCUGGAGGCAACGUCCGUGGUGGAGACGCUGGAGAGCUGUGCGGCGGCGCUCAACGAUACAGCAUCGAUGACAACAACAACAGCGGCAGGAACAGCAACGACAGCGGCGGGUCGCAUUAGCGCGCAGAGCUCGGCGGAUAGCAUUGAGAUGGUCGGCUCACCCAGUCAGACCUCACAGCAGACGGUGGUGCUGGUCAAUGGACAUGCCCCGCCCACGCAGGACACGCAGGAGGAGAGUGUUUCCCUGGGCGCUGAUGAGCCGCUGGGCGCAGCUGUCGCUGCCACGCACCUGGAAUCGCCCACGCAGCCAAAAAAGCAAAGCGAUGGCAGCCGCAACUCGUCCGGUGAUGCAAUGAGUCUGCGGGAGACACUGCGCCAGCUGCCGGCUACGCACGGACAUCGCUCGCGGCGCACACACUCGCCACAGUCUCCGGCGCUGCGCUCGCUGGAAGUCGACUCGUCCUUCCAUCGCGGCAUAUUGGGCUACAUAGAUCGCGAGCUGAAACAGUGUUCGCCGACUCCCUCGGCGCUGAGCAUGGGCGCGGGCAGCAGCGGAGCCGGCGGCGGAGGAGGCAGCGCUAGCGGCGGAGCCUCGCGCAAACAGCAAUCGCUGUCAGAUCCGCAGGCCAGUCCCGCGCAACGUUCGCUGCGCUCGAGGAACAGCUUCGACAAGAGUCCACGCCGCAAGCGUAGCAAGUCGGAGUCACGCAGGAGGCGCGAGCGGAAGCUAAUAGCUGCCGGCGAGAUGGAGGUGCGCCAGGCUAAUGAAACCCUGAUGCGCUACCUGAAGCAAUGCUCCGAUAUGCAUGAUGCCUCGCUGUCGGGCGAACUGGAAAUUGAUCAAAGCCUCGAGGAGCGUCGGGUGCACCGCAAGACGAAAUCGCAGCGGGACAAGCGGGGCCAGCUCAUCAGCAAACUUUACUCAGCUGGUGGUCUAUCCUCCAUACUGAAGGAACUGGCGGAUGACAUUGCGCCCGCCGAGGGCGAGGAGAUCUACAAUCCAUUCACUCCGGUCGUCUCGCCCACGGACGAUACGCCCGCGCACAUCGACAAAAUGUUCCUGCAGACGUCAUCGGGCUAUCGACCAGUGGAGCAGAGCUACUAUAAGCGUUCCUUUGUCGGCGCGUCGCGCAGCGCAGCUGGCACCAGCGGCAGCUGCAUGGGCAUCGAUGGCAUCUCGGCCGCAGAGCUUGGCGGCGCCGGACGUCUCUUUCGCUCCAACGGCGGCACAGCCAGCGGUCGUGGCAGCUAUGGUGAUUCGCGCUGUCUGCUCGAUGCCGACCAAAAUCGCAAUGGCAUCUCAAGCAAUAUUCAACUUGCCUGUGUUAUUCAACGAAUUUGGCUGCUCGUUUCAAACAUAUGCCAUGGGCUGCUAGCUGGUCUAGCCUUGGCCCAUCUGCUCUUCGUGCUGAGCAGCCAUCCCACGGAUUGGGCAAAGGUCAUCAAUAGCAUGAGUCUUGCGGGCGAGACGACGGCAGCAACAACAGCAUCGGCAAACGCAGCCACAACCACCCAAAUGCCAAGCUUGGGCAUAGAACUGAGCAAUGCUGCAAAGGGAGCGGACUCUGUAGCGGGAAGAACGACAACCACAACGACGACGACGACGACGACGACGCCGACGACGGCAGCGGCGACAAGUGGAGAAGCCCUGGCACUGAUCAGCGAUUAUGCGGGAUUUGCGGAUAUAUAUCUAAAUACCUUUUACUGCUUGGCCAUUAUUUGUCUGGUUUCGGUGUUCGAUCGCAUGGACAUUUGUCGCUGGAGCUUCUCGAAUGCCAGCGAAUUAAUAUCUUUUCGCUGGCUUAUCAUCACAAUGCUCUAUAUUGCAACAAUAAUCCUAACCAUAUGCUCCGAUUCCAUUGACGAGAAACUCUAUCUGAUCAAUAACAAUGCAAAUAUAACGCUAACACAACAGGAGUUGCUAAGCAACAGUGUGCAGAGUGUUUGGAGUAGUCUCUCGGUGACGCGCAGCAUUGCUGCGAUAUCGGGCUGGAUUAUGAUCGGACUGACGCCCCAGGAGGAUAUGCUGUAUGAGCAUCUGGUUGAUCUAACCAAAUAUCAAUUGACAAAUAAUUGAAUUUAAGUACGAAACCAACAACAAUUUAACUAUUGUAUAUAUUAAUAUAUACAUAUAUAUAUACAGUAUGUGUAGUGGAAAUCUUUAACUAACUAGUUGCUGUUGUUUAGUAAUUGGCUUUUUAUAUUGUUUAUAAUCGAAUAUCGACUAUUUAAAAACAAUAAUGCAUAGAGAUUGUAUACCCAAAAUGAGAAAAGGAAAACAAAAGAACUUAAGCUUUAAAAAAUGUGAAUAUUGAACAUCUGCAAUUGCGAUUGCGAUGAUGCCCUUCACUGGCCGCUAGAACAAAAGUUUAGUUUGUUAAGAAUACUCAAGUUGGUAGAAACGAUAGACACCACAUAACUUAUAUGAAAUACAUAUGUGUAUAUAAAGAGCUAGAUAUAUAUGUGCUUAUAUGCCUACAUAUACGGAUUAUAUAGAUAUGCGUAUGCAUACAUGUUUUAAUAUUUUAAGUAAACAUAUCGACUUUAGUGAAGAUAUUUAUUAAAUAUACAUAUAUAUAUAAACGUUGUCAUCGUUGUGGCAGUUUAACAAAAGGCUUCUUAGUUGUAAAUUCAAUUACUACAGUAGGUAUCGGUUAUAUGCAACAGAAAGCAAUAAAAACUAGCAAACGGU